AUCUGCCAUACAUUCUGACCCAAUAAGAUAUCAUAUGAGGAACUCUACAUAAAGACUGGCUGCUGAAACAUGAUCUCAGAAAUUGAACUGCGUCAUCUUAAGAUGGCUCGCACACAUACUACAGACGCCACCAGAGCGGAUCCCCAAAGUGGACCUCAAAUGGACAUCACCAGGAAAAAGGAAACGAGGCUGACUAAAGAUCACCUUGCGAAGACCAGUAGAGGCUGAACUGCUGGAGAUGGGUCUCUCAUGGGGCAAGGCACAACUAGUUGCUAAAGACCAUGACAGGUGGAGCAACAUCAUUGAUGCCUUAUGCCCCAUAGGGGGAGAAGAGCAUAACUAAGUUAUCUUCCUGGACGGUGAGGCGGCCAGUCAGGUGCUGACCCGGCAGAGACGAGCCAACAGCUUUUUAGAGGAACUUAAACAAGGCGACAAGGAGAGGGAGUGUAUGGAGGAGCGCUGCAACUGGGAGGAGGCGCGGGAGAUCUUCGAAAACACUGACAAAACUAAUGAAUUCUGGGCCAUAUAUAUCGAUGGCGACGCAUGUUUAUCGAUGCCCUGUGCUCAUGGAGGACUUUGCCAAGACGGGAUCGGCAGCUACAACUGCUUCUGCCAGGCCGGGUACCAGGGCUUCAACUGUGAAAUUGUUAUUCCUAAAAUCUGUGAGAACGCAAACGGUGGCUGCGAACACUUCUGCAAAGUGGAAAAAGGAAAUGCGAUGUGCUCCUGUGCUGAUGGAUAUUACCUGGCAUCAGAUGACAAGUCCUGCGACUCCAAAGAGGAAUACAAAUGUGGCGCCAUCUUUACUGGAAGCACCCGGACUGUUUUCAGGUAUGAUCGGCCAAACAUGACGGAGGGGAACGUUACUGGGUUGAAUGACAUGGACGUCAACAACAACGCAACCGAUCCGGAGAAUGCGAACAUCAGCAGCAGCACUAUUUCCAUGGUUCAUGAGGAACUGCACACGUCAGUUAUGGCGGGUAUGACCCGCAUUGUUGACGGAGAGGACUGUCCACCAGGAGAAUGUCCAUGGCAGGCUCUCCUCCUGAACGAGGAUAACCGAGGGUUCUGCGGAGGAACCAUCCUCACCGAAUACAUUAUCCUGACCGCCGCCCACUGCAUGAACCAAUCACGCUUCAUCUAUGUUAAACUCGGUGAGUUUGACAUACUGGUGGAUCACGGUAACGAAGUUGUCCACCAUGUGGAAACUCUUAUCACUCACAAUAAAUAUAAGCCCGACACCUACCACAAUGACAUCGCACUCAUCAAAUUGGCGACGCCCAUCAAGUUCACCAGGUUCAUCCUGCCAGCCUGCAUACCUGAGCCAGAUUUUGCUGAAAAGGUCCUGAUGCAGCAGCCGGACGGCAUAGUCAGUGGGUUUGGACGUCUCGGCGAGGGUCGGCAGCCGUCCACCAUCUUGCAGCGCCUCACCAUGCCUUAUGUAGAUCGGCACACCUGCAUAGAAUCCACUAAUUUACAUAUCUCUAAACGCAUGUUCUGUGCCGGCUACGACACAAUAGCAAAAGACGCAUGCCAAGGUGACAGUGGCGGGCCGCACGUCACACGAUACAGCGACACCUUUUUCAUCACCGGCAUUGUGAGCUGGGGUGAAGGCUGCGCACGCAAAGGCAAAUACGGCAUCUACACCCAGGUGUCCAAGUAUAUUGGCUGGAUCCGUGAGGGCAUACGCAGGCUGACGCCCAAAGAGACGAGUACCAACAGGGUGAAGAGGCACCAUGGCCCCAUCAAGAGGCUGUAUUUGUAAGACGACCGUCAGCAGAUUUCUGAAGUGUUGACAGAUCUGAGCUGAAUCAAGUAUUAUUUACAGAGCAGAGACCAGCCACGCUUUGUGCCUCUCAUGUAAUCACUGAUUUUAUGUUUGAGACUUAACACAUUUUACUUUUAACAGUCACUGAAAACUUUACCACUUGUUUAAAGACACUUCCAAAAUCCUUAAAGCUGAGAUACCUGAAUUUUUGUCCACUAGGGGGGAGCAGAACAGGCUGUGAACACAACAUCUGACAUGUUAUCAUCUUAUAAAGUACUUCUUGCUAUCAUGUUAGCAAACAGCUGCUUACUUCAUGACCUGUAGGAUUCCUCGGGGAUCCCUUUUACAUUUUCAAAUGACAUGCUGAUAUGAACGUUUUCUAUCUUUUCUUACUCUAUGGUAAAGGUUUGGCAGUCUUGGCAUCUAAAACUACUUGCUUAAAGCUUUUUUAAUUAAUGGAGACAGAGGAACAGGAAGUAGUAAUGACAUUUGACUUUUUACUGCCUUAUAAAGUUGUUGUGGCAAAUAUGUUAGCAAACAGGUGAUCACCCCAUUACAGUGUCCAAUAUUCACUAUUCACUGUGUACAGCCGCAAACGUCUCAAAUGUAAAGUUUCCAUGAAAGACACAAAACUAACCAGCGAUGUAAAGCCAAAUGUACAAAAAUAAUUUUGUACAUUAUUGAUUUAAAGUGGCUUGAUUUAACAGUUUGCUGUUCAGUAUUCUUAAAAAACGUGUCAAUGCAAACGCAUUUCAAAUUUGAGUAAACGAAACAAUGUCUGUUUUGAUGUAUUUUUUAUCAUUCACUGCAAGAAAUUAGCUUUUUCAGCUGAAUGUGAAGCAAAUAAAGAAAAACUACAACAACAGUGAUGCAUUAUGUUUUGUAUGUGUGUGUUUAAACUGUAAUAUUUGAUGAGCAGGAAAAUUAUUUCUCAACCUUAUGUAACGGGGGAUUAUAUUAACCUCACAGUUAAGUCUCUUUUAUAUUGCUGAUAAUAGUGACAGCCUACAGUCUCUAGGUUGUGUUGUGAUGAUGGUGGUGGCUAACAGUUAGUAGUUGACUCCAACUAAGACACACAGACGCUCUGAUGUCGAUGCUCUGAUGAGGUCUCAGUAAAACUAUUUAAUAUAAAUAAAAUCAUUAUCAAAGGAAACUUACAAUAUUAAUAAAUGGUUUCUGUGACAAAGCUUAAUAACCGUUAAAUAACAAAUUACAGGGCCAACGGUCUAACCUUGACCAGGAUCAAAGACUUCCUAUAUUACAAAUUACACAAA